CCUGUACACUGUUCUGGAAAAAAUGGUUUGGUUUUAGUUUAGACCUGAUCUUAAUUUUUAUUAACAAUGUCUGGUAAUUUAUCUGUGGUGGCCUUUGAAGGGGAACUUAAUGGAAUUGUUAAAGAGUAUUUAGCCUUCAACUCAUUUGAGAAGACAAUUGGUAGUUUUGAAGAUGAAUGUAGUGAGAAAGGGAAACCUAUUGCCAUCAGUGAAAGUAGAAGUCAGUCAAAUACUAAAACAUUAGAUAUACAGAAUGAGUUAUUGAAAGCAUAUCGUGAAGGUCAGCGGGAUGAAUAUUUUAAAUUAUGGAAUGAACAUUUACCACAAGAAAUCCGGAAUGAUGAUUCAGUGGCUCAGAAAUUAGAAUUUUAUAUACAUAUAUUUUUUGCUAUUUACCCAAUUAAAGCGGAAAAGUCUCAGGUGGAAGUUGAUCAAAGCAUGGGAGAAUUUAAACAAUAUCUGGAGAAUCGAGGAGCAACUCUAAGUCAAACAACAGAAUUCCUGCCAUUUUACGCCUUGCCAUUUGUACCUAAUCCUAAAGCACAUCCAUCUUAUAAAGAAUUAUUUCUGGAUAGCUGGUCACAAGAUAUGGAAGUUAGAUUAGAUAAAUUUCUAACUCUGGCUUUAAAAUCUACACCACAACCAAGGCUCUUUGAUCUAUAUAGAGGUGGAGGAACGACUGAUAUUAAAGUUGCUGAACAGCAUAUAAAUCUAUUACAACAACAGUUAACAGAUGCUGAUAAAAAAACAGCAACUUAUAUGAAGAGACACAGUAAAGUACAGGCUGAUUAUCAUAAUCUAAUUGGUAUAACAGCUGAUCUUGUUGAUGCUCUAGAAUCAACAGUUCAAGGAAAACCGAUAAAUAAUUCUAAGGUUAUCACACCUGAAUACUUAUCUCAGCUAUGUACACGAUUGUUUGCUGGUCACAUGAGGAAUUCAAUAGAUUUAACAAGACCAGGUACAGCAGGAGAAGCGUUAAGAGCGUCUGUAGCUCCUACAAGGGCUACCAAAACAGUUGAAGUUGAACAAUUUCCUACCUUAGAUUAUCGAAAAGUGAGAAAUGAAUUGAUGACAGGAACACCAAGGAACCAAGCUUUAUUACUGCAAGCCUUACGAUGGAGAUUAACAAAGUCUCACAUAGAGAAACGUGAUGCUAUAAUUAAUCAGUAUAUUAAUAAUGAUAUACUGGGUUGCGCUAAUCCUGGUCCUUACAGAGAUUCAAUGAAGAAACUGUUAACAUCCAAAUCAGAGGAUGUGAAACAAGGAACAGCCAGACUUUAUAAUGCUUUUGCAUCAUUAUGUGUCGGUAGAACAUAUCUCUCCUCUAAUCCUGAUUUAACACCAGCGUUAUUGGCAAAUCUACAUUCCGAAGACAAAGAUUCUGUCACAAGAGAGAUGAUACUUGGUGCUCUACAGAAACUAAGUUUAAGACGAGCGUUACAGACCGCAAUGAUAGAAAAGGGUGUUAUAGAGUGGUUAGUGGGUGUUCUAGAAGAUAAUGAUAAUUUGUCAGAUUAUACCCUGGAAUAUUCUGUCGCUCUCCUUAUGAAUCUCUGCCUCAGAACCUCAGGUAAAAUAAGAUGUUCCAAGAAUUCCCAUCAAACAUUAAAAGUUUUAAGUGAUUUAUUAGGACAUGAAAAUACAGAGAUCAGGCCAUAUGUAAAUGGAGCUCUUUACAGUAUAUUAGCUAUUUCUAGCAUCAGAGAAGAGGCGAAGAGAAUGGAUAUGGAAGCGAUACUGAAAUGUUUUAUCAAAGAUGACCAACCAGACAUGAACAGGCAGAUCGAGUUCAUUAUAAAACAACUUAAUUCUAAUGAAGCAGCAGAAGAAGAAGAUGGCGACGAUGAUGGUGAAGAUGAAGAUGGAGAGGAAGAUCAGGACACACUGGAAGCUGAUUUAGAUAAAGAUGAGACCUUAACUCCUCAACCUGGAGAACUCUUUGGAGAAACUCUUCUGAAUGCAGUUUACCUCACAAACGCUGAUAAAAACAAGAAAAAGAUAUUAGAACAGAAUCAGUUAUUACAAAGACCUGUUACACCAGGACAGAGAAAGAUGACUGAAUCUCGUCUCGGUAACGUCAGAUCAAGUUCUCAGGCUGAUGGUCGGAUCUCAAGUCAAUCUAUCGUAGGAGGAGGGACCCAAGCUGGACAGGGGGAUGCUCUUCUUGCCAGACCACCAACUAGAAGUGGAAGUCGGUCAAAUGAAAAAGAAAGUAAUGCCAAAGAUACAGAAACUAGUAAUAAGGAGGCUCUAGAAAGGAGUAUGAGACCAUCAACUAAAGCCAUGGAAAAACUUGGUCCUAAAGCUAAUGUAAAAGAAUAUGCAAGUGCAUUUGGAGCUAAACCAUUGAUACCUCGAACCCCUGACAGUAGCGGUAAACGUCCAAUAAGUCGAGGUUCUAUUCCACGUGCCACACCUCAACCUCAAUACAGUCAGUCUGGUCCCAGACCAAGUUCGGCAGGAAAAUCAGGGACAACAAGUCCAAGAAAAACCAAUAACAGUCAACAAAGAUCUCAACCAGAUGGAAAAUAUUAGAAAGAGAAAGAUGGAUGUCAAUAAUAUAUACUAUCUUCUUUAAACUCUGCAGACUUUUUCUCUCAAAAUGCAUAAAUUAGCACCACUGAGGAAUUAGUUUGUAAGCUUUUAAAUAUUUGAGGGAUAGGAUAUAUUUGAAAUUUGAGUAAAAACACAAAGUUGUAAAAAACGUUUUUUUUUUGCGUAACUCUUGAUAAAAUAAUAGUCAAUUUUUGUUUUGUAAUAUUGUUGGUUUUAUGUCACUUUUGUGUCGAGAAGAACAGGAAAUUAAAGUCUUGAUGUGUCGUGUUAAAGUUAUAAAUUCAUAUUUUCUAAGAAAGUCAAAACAUAAUUAUUUCUAUGUCUUUUGCUCAAUAUGUUGUCAACUCACUAUUAUACGACCAUGGGCAUUAUUUCCCACCCUUAAAAAUCAUUGACACAGGAAAUAAUAACACAAUUACCUCCCUUGUUUUCAUAUUGCCUCCAUGCAUUAGCUUCCUUCAAACGUUGGAAUUUGAAGUUGAAAAUGAUAUUUUUGCCAAUUUCUCAGCUGGCAAUAGGAAUUAUAGGUUUAAUAGGAUUAUUCUUUAACAAGGUAGGACGGUUUAUGGAUACCAUCUAUUUUAAAGCUUUAUUUUAAUAAAUUUUAAAAACAUAACUUAAAAAUAUGAAAUUUUAGCUUUAAGAAAUAGGAAUGCCGCGCAAACCACAAUAAGAAUCGCUAACAGGAAUGGUUCAAUUCCGAUCAGUAUUUACAAAGUUAUGUUGAAUUGAAAUUUUAUUGAUCUAUUCUGCUCGCUAUGUAAUAAGUUCCAUCUUCAUUAGCCCAGUUGGAGCAGAACAGUAGGAUGUUAAACCCCAUUUUAUUUCAUGUCAUUUCAUGUAAUAAGUCGCCGUCAUUUUGUUGUGGGCAAACAGAAAUGAAAGGCCUUUUUUAGAUCUGAAUGAAUUAAAGCUGGAGAGGGGGAUAUAGAAUUAUAUAAUCAAUCUGAGCACAUAUUUGUGUGGAUUUGAGCAAUUUGAUAGUUUUGCGUAAAACAAAAAUGACACAUCGAUACUUUAAUUGAAUAACAUUCCCCCCAAUUUUUUUUUUUUUUUUUGUUAGUAGUCCAGCCAGAUCUAUCGCUUUAUUAUGUUAUAGUGUUGAUAUUUCUGUCACAUCUUGAGAUAUAUGUUAUAUAGAAUAACAUUCUAUUUAUAUUCAACAUAUAUAUUAUCUGUUAUAUAUCCUUGUCUGUGAUAUUGUUGUUAUUAUUUAUUUAUGUGAUAAAACUCUGCCGUCCAAACUUCAUGAACACAUCUUAUACUUUAUGAUUGUCUGGAACUUCCAUGAAAUAAAAGGAUCAUUUUUUAUCAUUAUCAACCAUAUCAAGUCUGGGAUUAAAUCAACUGUCACAGACUAUUUCAGGCAUAAUCACUCUCGGGUUCCUGUCAAUAUUUUCAGUCUCAAUAUGGGUUAUUAUUCAGUUUUAUGGAUAUUUAUCCAUCACAAAAUUAAAAAUGUUCAAUAAUUAUCUGGAACAACUAAAAUCACUAUUUCAUAUCCGGUAAUACUCUGGAUUUCUUUGUUUAUUUUGCGAAAGUCACAUUAUUGUCAAUUUCUAAUGAAUUUACAAAAUUGAGAAAAAUGCAUUUAUGUACAAAGGAGCCCCAUCAUAUAAUAUGACACACUAUUAGAAAGGGCAAGGUAUUUGACAUCUUCGAUAAACUCUGUUAAAACAACUCUUUUCCCCGAUCAUUACAAUUUUGAAGCUAUGUAAAAAGUAGAACCAUUUAAACGUAUUAUCCAGAACUUUCAUGAAAUAAAAUUGAUUCAGUUUUAUUUUAUUCAUGCCAAUUCAUAUGUUACUAAAGACCUUGUAACCUUAGAAUUAGCCGGAAUCUUGUGAAGUAAAAAGAUAUAAUUUUAUUUUAUUCAUGCACAUGUUAUUAGGGACACCUUUUAUUUACGAUAUGAUUGGCCUGAACUUGAAAUAAAAAAAAAAGUUGUCAUGUUCAUGUUUUGAUAUAUGUAUUUUCUAUAAGCCUAGUCUAAUAAUCUUAUAUUGAUUUUGAAUGUUACAACUUGACACAUUUAAUACAAUGUAAGUUGCACUUGCAGUGAUCCUUUCUUCAGAUCUCUUUUCCCUGGAUGAUUUCUUAUUGCUAACUGGUAAUCAUUUAAUUUCGCAAUCUGUGGUAUAGGAAAAUACAUCCACAAACCAGGGUCAGUAGCACUUCUGGAGUCUUGUUCACAAAAUUUUAAACCAGAAUAUUUUAAGAUUGCUAGGAUUUUAAUUGUUAACCACUGUAAAUGCAGAAUUCUUAAAAUAUUUUAGUUUAAGUAUUUGUGAAUCUUUGAAAUUUAAAUGAAAUCUAAAGUGUUUAUUUUGAAAGAUCACAAUUUUCUUUGUUUGAUGAACAACUUAAAGUAUGUUUAACUCAUGAUGAUAAUAAAAACCAUAUAUGGUCAACAAAACAAAACUUUAAAAUACAUAUAAUUUUUAUAUUUAUACGCCCACAUUUUCAUGUGGGCUUAUAUUGUCGUCGCCCUUGUCCGUCCACAAUUUGUUUGUGGACACUCUACAGGUCACAACUUUUAUCCGGUUUUGAUGAAACUUGAAAUAUAGGUCUAUCUCCCAAAUACCUUGGUUCCUGUCAAAAUUGGCAUGUAUCAGAUCGUAACUUUGUGGAUUAUGGCCCCUGAUAGUACGAAAAAUCACGUAUUUGCUUGUGGACAUUCUAGAUGUCACAAUUCUCAUCUAAUUUUUAUGAAACUUGAAAUGCAUAUUAUAUUUAUAAUCCACAGAUCUUGGUUCCUUUCAAUAUUGGUAAAUAUUGGAUCGUAACUUUCUGAGUUAUAACCCCUGAUUGUAUGAAAAUCGCUCUCUAUCCACCUCUCGCAGAAUGUGGGUGUAUCUUGUCUGGCAACCGCUGGUACUGUAGAAUAAGUUACAGGUACUGUGGGAACGGGGAUGGGAGAUGUGAUCUUUUACAUUUUGUGCAGCACAGACUUUUAUAAAGAUGUUUUAUUUCAAUAUUGAUUUAACUGUUAGAUAUAUGUAUAAUAAAUUUAAUUUAUU